UCCGUGUCCUGAAGCCGCGCUCAUCUCAUUUCAGUACCAGCAGCCAUGGCCGAAAUAAAAACGGGCAUUUUUGCCAAAAAUGUCCAGAAAAGGCUGAGUCGGGCGCAGGAAAAGGUGCUGCAGAAGUUGGGGAAGGCGGAUGAGACCAAAGAUGAACAGUUUGAGCAGUGUGUGCAGAACUUCAAGAGGCAGGAGUCGGAGGGGUCACGGCUGCAGAGGGAGAUGAAGGCAUACCUGGCAGCUGUGAAAGGAAUGCAGCAGGCCUCCAUGAACCUGACCGAGUCGUUGCAUGAAGUAUACGAGCCAGACUGGUAUGGAAAAGACGACGUCAUGACCGUUGGAAAGAACUGUGAUGCCCUCUGGGAGGACUUCCAUCAGAGGCUGGUCGACUCCUCCCUCAUCACCUUGGACACAUACCUGGCACAGUUCCCUGACAUCAAAAAUCGUGUCGCAAAGAGGAGCAGGAAGCUAAUUGACUAUGACAGUGCCAGGCACCAUUUAGAGACCCUGCAAGCAUCCGCCAUGAAAAAUGACCGCAAAAUCUCCAAGGCUGAGGAGGAGUUCCACAAAGCGCAGAAGGUGUUCGACGACCUCAACGUGGACCUGCAGGAAGAGCUGCCCAAACUCUGGGACAGUCGGGUGGGCUUCUACGUGAACACGUUCAAGAACGUCACGCACCUGGAGUCCAAGUUCCACAGAGAAAUCUCACUGCUGUGUCGCAAGCUGUAUGAGGUGAUGAACAAACUGGGGGAGCAGCAUUCGGACAAGAUGUUCACCAUUCAGGGAGCCCCCAGCGACUCGGGACCCCUGCGCUUUGCCCGGACACCCACGCCCCCGGAGGACGAGUCACCGCCAGCAAGCCCGGAGGCCAGCCCCAACCACAUGCUGGCUCCGGGUCCGCACCGACCCAGGUCACCCUCACAGGGCCGCCCUCCAGUGCCGCCGCCUCCCAAGGUCACGCCCACCACAGAGAUGCAGCAGGAGCAGAUCAUCAGCCUGUUCGACGACAGUUUCGCCCCGGACGCUGGCGCGGCCCCGCCUGUGCAGAAUGAGAAGGCUGUGGACUCUCUGCUGGACCUGGACUUCGACCCGUUCAAGCCUGAUGCUGCCACCCCCAUCGGGCAGACACAGUCCCCCAUAUCCCAGACUCUCCCCUGGGAUCUGUGGACGGCACCAGCUGCUGAGGCUACACAGCCUGGCGCUGGCGAAUGGGCCGCCGACUUCAGCUCCCCCGCGGCCACUGCAGAGCUGGAGACCACAGACACCGACCAGGCGCGCAGCCAGGAGUGGCCCCCGGCGGACGGGUGGGGGGCGGAGCCGGUGCAGCCUCAGGAAGAGACCGCGGCGGCCGAGGUGUCCAACAAUGCAUUUAAUGGAAUCUCUCAGCCGGACGUAGGCGCCUCUGCGCCCUCUGAGGAUUCAAAUGAGGGUGUUGCAAUGCCGGAGGCAGAGGCUGCAGCCCCUGCUGCUGAAUCAGAGGCUGCCCUUGAACCCGCGCCUGAGCCUGGCCAGGCCGAGGAGGCCCCGGCCGCUGCUGAGGCCGGCGACACCGCCGAAACCAGCCCGCCCGCAGAGACCGCUGCGGAUGUGGCCGAGGCGGAGGCGAAGGAGGGCGUGGUGAGUCCAGACACGGAGCCCGCUGAGAUCCCCCCGCCUGCAGAUGGCGAGAAAGCACCUGCCGAUGAAGCAGCUCCGGAAACAGCCCCAGCUGGAGAGCCUGAGAAGGGGUCCCCUUCUGCGGAGGCUCCGGCCCCAGAAAUGGAUGUGAAAGAGUCCCCGAAAGAGCAGACUCCGACUGUAGAGCCAGAAGGGGGGAAGGAAAUCAGUAAAGAGGAGACUGAAGACACUGAGGCAAAGGAGGAAAAGAUGCCUAUCCCAUCAGUUGUGAUCGAACCUGCCUCCAGCAACGAGGGCGAUGACGAGUGUGACGGGGACAUCACCUCUCCCACCGCGGCCAGCGACAACGCAGUGACACCAGACAGCCAGACGGCCACCCCCGGGAUGCCCCUUGGCUUCAUCUAUAAGGUGGAGACAUUGCACGACUUUGAGGCAGCAAACUCUGAUGAGCUGGAUCUGAAGAAGGGAGACGUGGUGCUGGUGGUGCCAACCGAGCUGUUGGAAGAUCAGGAUGCCGGCUGGCUUACAGGGAUCAAAGAAUCUGAUUGGCUGCAGCAAGGAGACAUGGCUCAAAAAGGACUAUUUCCAGAAAACUUCACCCAGCGUUUGGAAUAAGAGGCUGGGGCCCCCUGGCACAGCGACCAGUGCGAACCCAGUGACUUCCAGAUGGAACAGGGAGGGGGGGGGGGUGAACCCACGGCCCUCUGUAUCAACGGAAACCCUUUAUCAGAUAAAACUGGGUGUGUUUUUUUUUUUUUUUUCUUUGGUAAGAGAAAAAGAACGGCGAUCAAGUGAAUGACCUGGCUGUGUGGGGCGUGAGGAAUUUUUAAAAGUACAGAGGCAUGGCACAAGCCCCGAGACCACCUUCCUUAGAAACCAGCCACUGGAAAUGUUCUUUUUUUUUGUUUGUAUACCUGUAAAUGGCAACGAGUUGGUAUGUGCUUUGUCAGAGCUGUGGUGACCUCCAUGUAUAACCCCUGUCUAUAAAACAAAACAAAAAAAAAGGAACACAAAAAUGAGAAAGUCCUUCUUUGAAAAUGAUGACCUUAUCUUCUCUGCACUAAGUGUGUUGUAUUCAUUUUGUUUCUCUGCAGCGGAUUUUACCAGCCCGUGAUAUGAGUAGUGGUAUAACCUAUUUAAGAGUUGAAAGUGUUGCGCGAGACUUUUUAAACGUUUCGUUUUCCAACAUCAAUGUUACCUUUGCGUCGAUGUUAACCGUUCUCUGUAGUUUCAUGGCUGAAUGUGUGCGGCUAAGAUGAUAUUUGGCAUACUUGGUGUUGAUUCUGUUUCAUGGAUGAGACUUGCUGCUCUUUUGCCAAAAAAAGUAAUUGUAAAUGAAUGACAGAUUAUGGAAUUAUAAAUCUAGAUGUUAAUGAGAUAUCUUUGAGCGGAAUAAUGCAAUUGUGAAUCAGGUACAUGAAGCUUUCCAUACAAAAGGAUUAUAUAAAAGCUUCCUGCUUGAUCAUGAGAGAAAAAAAAAUCUAUAUAUACCUUUACAUAAUAUUUACCAGCACAUAAAAUACAUACUUCAAACAUUCAUUUCUGAAGGAUAUAUGUAAUACACUUGUUCUUUAUUCAACUUUACAUUUCUCUCAAAGGUAAAUGGCCACAGGGAGGUCAAGCUGGGGGGGGGGGGGGGGGG